AUGCGAGGGUUGGGGGUUAGGUCAUGGUCUGUUUUGGGGGUCGUGGUGCUUGGGGUAGUAUGUGUGGGUGGGAGCGAGUUCCCGGAGAGAGAAUGCUGCGAUCCCGUGUAUCCUCCAAACACGGCCACCACAGCCGCUGCUCCGGUCACGCAUCCCGUGAACAAAGUAUCAGGCAUUGAGUUGGGUCUUGCAAAAGGAAUGGCUAACAGCCCACUGCAUUGA